AUCAAACUCCAUACGCGGAGAAGUUUCCAGCUGAACUUUUCUACUUUUUCUUAGACUUUUUUACCUCACAUCCACCGCCACCUUCAUCAUUCCCAAAACCCAACUACCCCCCGUCCCCUCUAUUUGCUUUGGUGGCGACCUUUCCUUCUUUCCCAAUUUCCCAAAUCUCUGCUCUGCUUCUUCUACUGACAGAGCUCAAAAGGUCCUGAGCUUUAUCCCCAUUUUUAAAUUCUGGGUCUGUUGGUGGUUGCCUCUAGCAUCUAGCUUUUUAUUCUCUGCCUCCCCAACAAGGGCACACAUUAGAUUUGUGGGAUCUGCAACCUUGAUUUCAGGGCAUGGUUCUGUUCUCUGAGACCUGCUACGCCAUGCCCUUUUAUUAUAGACUAUAGAACGGUCACAUAUUUUAAUGUAAAUUUUGUGCCUUUUUUCUAGUGUUUGCCAUUUUUAAACUGACCAAUACUCCCAGGUUUACCUGAAAUGUGAUCAUACACGAAAAGGGCAUUUACAUAUUUGUUUAGUCUCAAUCAGUCUAUUGAGUUUAGCUGAGCCUGGAGAGGAAGUAUGGGAUCUGGUAAUGGGGUUUAUGCAGUUGGGAGUUUUGAUUUGGAUGCCAAGUGGCUCAUCGAUCCAAAGCAUCUUUUUGUUGGGCCCAAAAUCGGGGAGGGUGCUCAUGCCAAAGUCUAUGAAGGAAAAUAUAAGAACCAAAAUGUUGCUGUGAAAAUUGUCAAUAGAGGAGAGACCCCAGAAGAGAUUGCCAGGAGAGAAGCACGGUUUGCAAGGGAGGUGGCUAUGUUGUCCAGAGUGCAGCACAAAAAUUUAGUGAAGUUCAUUGGUGCCUGCAAAGAACCUGUCAUGGUCAUAGUGACUGAGCUUCUUCUUGGGGGGACAUUGCGCAAAUACUUGUUCAGUAUGCGGCCAAGGUGCUUGGACAUGCCUGUGGCAGUUGGGUUUGCACUUGAUAUUGCUCGUGCUACGGAAUGCUUACACUCUCAUGGAAUCAUUCACCGGGACCUGAAACCUGAGAACUUGAUUUUGACUGCAGACCAUAAAACAGUUAAACUUGCGGAUUUUGGCUUAGCAAGAGAAGAGUCAUUAACAGAAAUGAUGACUGCUGAAACUGGGACAUACCGGUGGAUGGCUCCUGAGCUUUAUAGCACAGUUACAUUAAGACAUGGAGAGAAGAAGCAUUACAAUCAUAAGGUGGAUGCUUAUAGCUUUGCAAUUGUAUUGUGGGAACUCAUUCAUAAUAAGCUGCCCUUUGAAGGCAUGUCAAAUUUGCAAGCAGCAUAUGCAGCUGCUUUUAAGAAUGUGAGGCCAAGUGCUGAAGACCUGCCAGAGGAUUUGGCUUUGAUAGUAACCUCCUGUUGGAAAGAGGAUCCAAAUGAUCGGCCCAACUUUAGCCAAAUUAUACAGAUGCUUAUGCAUUAUCUCUCUACUAUUGCACCAUCAAAACCCGCAAUCCCCCAACGGAUAUUCAGAUCUGAUAAUGCUGUACUGCCUCCUGAGUCUCCCGGUACUAGUUCUUUGAUGGCUACACACAAUGAAUCGGGCGAAACCCCUAAAGCAGACAUGGAAGAGAAGCCCAAAGGUUUUUUCUUCUGCUUUAACAUGUGUUGUUGAUACUCAAAUAAACUGCUAGUCUUAAGAAAAGAGAUGUUUAGCUAUCUGAUAUUACUGUUGAAUUGGGAUAGUUUUCUUAACCUUAGUUUGGUCUGAUUGAGAUCAACUCAGUAGGAAUUUAGAGUUCUGGAGUCGGGCGUUGAUGUGAUGUAGUGACAUUGUAAAAAUAAGGUUCAUCCAAAAGCCUUUUGCUCCCAUUGAAGAUAACUCCUCUGAUCAUGUCAUAAUCUGAAUCAAUUGACGAGCUUCGUAACA